GCGAGGGCAAAGCGCAGGGACCAAAGGGAGGCGGCAACGCUGUCAAGGUUCGGCACAUCCUGUGCGAGAAGCACGGCCGGGCCAUGGAGGCCAUGGAGAAGCUGAAGGCCGGGCAGCGCUUUAGCGAGGUGGCGGCACAGUACAGCGAGGACAAGGCCAGGCAAGGGGGAGACCUGGGCUGGAUGAGCAGAGGCUCCAUGGUGGGACCAUUCCAGGAGGCAGCGUUUGCCCUGCCCGUGAGCAGCAUGGACAAGCCCGUGUACACCGACCCUCCCGUCAAGACCAAGUUUGGAUACCACAUUAUCAUGGUGGAAGGCAGAAAAUAAAAUGUGAAUGCCCAUGA